CGCUCGCGCUCGUUUUAUGCAACCAGUCUUGCUUCGGAGCGGGUGACUCGUCCCCGGCCCUUUCUAGGGAGGCGUGCUGCUGGUGAUUCUCACCGCGGUGACAAAUCCGCACACACACACACACAUACACACAAUCACUCCCUCACUCAUUCACACACACGUAACACAAACACGUACACUUACAUAUAAACAGACACGAACACGAACACUAAAUAAUAUGAGAAGAAAAAAAAUUAAAAGAAACGGAUAUACGAAGAAGCAGCAAUAAUCAUCAGGCUGAGCGUGAAAAAAAGGAUUGAAUAAUGAAAAGGGAUAAAGAAGAAAAGACUUUGUUCAUUGUGUUUCGUGUGGGCACAGUAGCCUCUAAAAAGUACUGGCGAUCAUAAUAGUGCGGAAAAGAGUGACGUAUGUAAAAAAAAAAUAUGUACAUCGUUUUAAAAGUAAUCGACACCCACAUCAGUGCAUUUGACUGCUUGGCCUCGGGCUCGCUUGUUCACCUCAUUGUGUAUUAUUCUACUGACAAGAUUGAAAAACGUGUGUGUGUAUUUGGGUGCUAAGUUCGUUGACAAGGUUUGUCAUCGAAUGAAACGAUCGUGAUAUAAACGUCAGGCCCGAUGAAACGAAGCAUAAAUAUUGACUGUUGUGUGGUGAACGUAACGCUAAACUUUUUUUCUUAUCGUUACUCUGCUUCUUGGGGAACACGACGAAACAGCGAAUUCCAUUCUAUCGUGCGUUACUCUAGCAGGCUUACGAGAUCGUGCGAUAAAUUCUAAAUAUUCGGUGUUGUGGGUAGUUAUAGACACAGCCGGCGCGUGCCGUGAAGCAGCUCCUCCCACGACUACGAGUUAUUUCACUCGACGGUGAACGCAAGUGACGGAGCACCUCGUAUUUUCUUUGCCUCAGUUCGAAGAUCUGAGCUUUGUGUUGAUAAGACAGAAAAAAAAGACGCACAGCGAGUCUGAGAAUGUGAUCGACGAAAUACAGUGUGAAACAACACCUUGUGCUCUAUCUCUACGUUGAAUAAGAUUGGAGAAAGAGAGAGAGAGAGAGAGAGAGAGAGAGAGAGAGAGAGAAAGAGAGAGAGUGAAAAAGGAUAAGUAUAAACACGCCCUGAAGUUCAGAGUGAAGAGUGAUGUCGGUAGGACAAGUGUCGUGUCGUUGGUGAAGCUCGACCGGUUACUACACACCGCGAUACUCUCACAAGUGGUAACAAAUUCGUGUCGCGGUCAGUGUCUAUCGCUUACGGGUGCGGUGUAUUAUCCACGCUGUUUUUCCGGGGCAGUGUAUAUCGCACAGUGGCUUUCGAGUUAUUCGACGUAAUCGCGAGCGCUCCUUCCAUCAAUAUAAGCGAGAAAAAUAAAUAAAAACGGGUGCUUACGGCUCACUGUAUCACGAGUAUACACGAGCGCGCACGUGCACAAACGUGCAAAAGUUGUGCGGCUAUUGGUAAAAACGUUCGGUGUGAUCAGACCCGUCAAAGUUAUCUCAAGAAUACGUAAGAUUAGUGUGUUUUGUGUAUGUGUAUAUUCUCGUCGCUCCGAAGGUUAACUCGCAGGCCGUGACACGAGACAUCGUGUUGAUCUUACGGUCACGUCGUGCUCCUACGUUACCGUCGUGCGAGAAUCGCGCGCUGCGACGACGUCCAUCGUAACUACCGAAUUGACGCUACUACUUAACGUUCCCACCAAAUUUCGACGACAAAAAAGGGAAUCAUUGUUUACACGAAAAAAAAAAGCAACGAAACUUUCCAGCUCGAAAACGCAGCUACGAAUUCGUCGAUAUUUUCAUCCAUUUCUGUUACUACUCGGUGAUCAGCGGCAAUAUUUGUUUCUUCCGUGGUUCGUCGCUUCGGUCGGUCGUUGCGAGGACCGUCAGUCACACACACUUGUACACACACAGUCUCACCCAUAAGAGACACGUACAGACGCACACACACUCAUACACGAUGGCGGACGACGAGGUUCUCUUCGACGAUGUUUACGAGCUAUGCGAGAUUAUCGGCAAGGGACCAUUCAGCGUGGUGAGGAAAUGCAUCCACCGACAGACUGGCCAGACUUUCGCUGUUAAAAUCGUCGACGUGGCAAAGUUCACCUCGAGCCCGGGACUCAGCACAGCCGAUUUGAAACGAGAAGCGACGAUAUGCCAUAUGCUCAAACAUCCGCACAUUGUUGAACUCCUUGAGACUUACAGCUCCGAGGGCAUGCUCUACAUGGUCUUCGAGUACAUGGAUGGGUCAGAUUUGUGUCUCGAAGUUGUGAGGCGAGCGACCGCUGGAUUCGUCUACAGCGAAGCAGUAGCCAGCCAUUAUAUGAGACAAAUUCUGGAAGCUCUUCGCUACUGUCACGAGAAUGACAUAAUACAUCGGGAUUUGAAGCCCCAGUGCGCCCUCCUCGCCGGGAAGGAAAAUUCCGCGCCGGUGAAGCUCCGCGGCUUUGGCGUUGCCGUGCAACUUCCUUCAUCACAAGCGAAUGGCGUCGAAUGUUACGCGACCGAGUAUCGUCAGUGUCUGAGCCCAAAGGGGCAGCUCUACUUGAAGGCCGACAGCGAGGGGAGAGUCGGCUGUCCGCACUACAUGGCACCGGAAGUCAUUCAACGCCGACAAUACGGCAAACCAGGGGAUGUUUGGUCCGCGGGAAUUUUACUACACGCCCUGCUCACCGGCACUCUACCAUUCGUUGGAUCCGGUGAACGUCUUCGAGAAGCAAUAUGCCGGGGCCGUGUUCAGAUGGAAACAUCGCAUUGGGACCAUAUCAGCGAACCGGCUAAAGAUCUCAUUCAGAGAAUGCUCACCACGGAGCCGAAUCAUAGGAUCACCAUUCAAGAGGUUCUCAACCAUAAAUGGCUCAGAGAUCGUGAUAAGGGAGCUGCCAGAAUUCAUCUGAAUGAAACUAUAGAAGAACUAAAGAAAUUUAAUGCCCGACGGAAAUUAAAAGAUGCGGUUAAAGCGGCCGUUUCCUCAUCCAAAUGGCACUUACCUUAUUCGGAAGCGAACGGAGACAGCUUUUCUGACGUUGGCGACGAUGAGGUCACAACCACAGGUGCAAUUGCUGAAAUAUUGGAUUCCCUUGACGACAUUGAAAUCCUGCACGAAAGUGGCAGACUGACACGCGGCGAAAUACUUUCGGCGGUGGAUGAUUAUCGACUGCGAGCAAUUUUGGAGCUUUACGACCGUAUCUCCAGUAGAGUGCCAACGCCAACACGUGCUCCUCAAACCGACGCUGUUCAACGAGCCCGCGAAGUCGAGGAUGUCUUGCGAGAGAUCGAGCUAUCAACCUACAGAAAUGUCGACCGCGCUGAUCUUCGUGAGCUUCAGGAGCUACUCAGCCAGCCACACUUUAAGGCAUUGCUGCAAGCUCACGACGUCGCUGGCCACGAGGUCUACGGAGAAGAAGCGACGAGGGUCACGCCACCCCCGCUUUUACCCUAUCUAAACGGUGGCGAUGAUCUCGAGGGUCAAAAUGGCGAGUUGGAUGUCGAGAACGUAACUCGAGUCAGACUAGUCCAAUUCCAAAAAAAUACCGACGAACCAAUGGGGAUCACGUUGAAGAUGAACGAGGAUGGUAAAUGUGUAGUGGCAAGGAUAAUGCACGGUGGCAUGAUUCACAGACAGGCAACACUCCACGUUCUCGACGAGAUCAGAGAAAUCAAUGGAAUUCCAGUGGCCAAUCAGUCGGUCAACGCCUUACAGAAGAUGCUCCGGGAGGCUCGAGGAUCAGUGACGUUCAAGAUAUUGCCAUCGUACAGGAUUGCGCCGCCUCCCUGCGAGGUACAAUUGUUCAGGAUUAGGCCUCUGCCAGUGUUAAUUUUCGUGCGUGCUCAAUUCGACUACGACCCACUCGAGGACGAGCUUAUACCAUGCGCCCAAGCCGGUAUCGCCUUCAAGACCGGUGAUAUACUCCAAAUAAUAAGCAAGGACGAUCAUUACUGGUGGCAGGCGAGAAAGGACAACGCGGCCGGUUCCGCGGGUCUCAUACCGUCGCAGGAACUUCAAGAAUGGCGCAUCACCUGCAUGGCUUCCGAAAAGAACAAACAGGAACAAGACGCUGAAGGAGAGGGAGGCUGCUCUCCUCACACUGAAGGCUGCGAUGGCUCGACAGUCAAUUGCUCAAUUUUUGGCCGCAAGAAGAAGCAGUACAAGGAUAAGUACCUAGCGAAACACAAUGCUGUUUUCGACCAGCUGGAUCUGGUCACUUAUGAGGAGGUCGUUAAAAUUCCUUAUUCCUCCUUUCAACGCAAAACUCUAGUCCUUUUGGGAGCCCAUGGCGUUGGUCGUCGUCACAUCAAAAACACAAUUAUCGGCAGGCAUCCCGACAAAUACGCCUAUCCCAUUCCACAUACAACGAGGCCUCCACGAAACGACGAAGAAAGUGGACGUAACUAUUAUUUCGUAUCGCACGAUGAAAUGAUGGCUGACAUUAGUGCUAACGAGUAUUUGGAAUAUGGAACUCACGAGGACGCGAUGUAUGGAACGAAACUUGAGACAAUCCGAAAAAUACACGAGGAAGGGAAAAUGGCAAUUUUAGACGUGGAACCACAGGCGUUGAAAAUCUUACGAACAGCAGAAUUUGCACCAUACGUUGUUUUCAUCGCUGCACCCGUGGUUCAGAGUCUGACUGACUACGACGGAAGUCUGGAGGGUCUUGCGAGGGAUUCGGACAUGCUCAAACAGGCGUACGGUCACUUCUUCGAUCUAACGAUCGUAAACAACGACAUCGACGAUACAAUCGCACAAUUAGAGGCUGCCAUCGAGAGAGUACACACGACACCGCAAUGGGUGCCGGUGUCUUGGGUCUACUGACAGCGGUCCUCGCCUUGUCGCGUUGUGACAACGGACUGCAACGGAUCGUCGAACCGACGACAGCAGUGAACGCGCGCACCGAGGCGAGAUUUCGACGAGCGCGCUUCCGGUUAAAGAUCAAGAUUCUCCGGCGUCUUGAGAUCAUUCCGCUAAGAGUAAAAUGGGCUGACACUAAGAGCCGAUCAAAAGAAAAUUUACUCGAAACAUUUUUGGACCAAUCGGCGCGCUUUCGUCGAUUCCAAUAUUUUUUCUCAAUCUACUCUUUGUCCAGAGGCGUCAAAAAAGAAUGACCGCGAGGCGCCAUCAUUCGCCCGCGAAAUAACGAAACGGGACGCGAAAUUAAAACGAGACGAAAUUUUAAACUAAAACGAGAGGACAAACCGGAAGUAUCUGGUGAAAGAGAAAAAUAAAAGGAGAGCUCGGACCUCGGACCAAUCUCAGGCAGAUCGCAGUGUAAUUUUGCCAAACGAAAGACUUGGAGAUGAAAAAGGAACGGAAAAGAGGAGAAAAGAUCGACGGAGCGAGAGAAGAAUUAAGAAAAUAUUUAUGAAAGAGAAAAAACGAGGACGAUUCGAGUGUGCGACUGUGGCCGCGUGUUCAUCAUUAUAUUGUUUAAACCAACUCGAUUAUACAUAAUUAAGCUGAUAAGAUGUAAUCUCAACGAUCCGAAUGGAGGAGAACGCGUAGCGUGAUUGGCCGAUCAAAAGAUUAAAAAAGAAAAAAUGACAAAAAACCAAAAAAAAUUACAAUUAUAAUAAACUUCAAACAAGUUAAUAAUAAUUAAUCGAUACGAAACCAGAUGAAGAAAAAAAACGUAAAUAAGCGAGUCAACGACAUACUUGUCGCUGCAAUAAUGACGUCGAGAAAUAUAUAUGUGAAAUAUUAACAAAAAAAUAGUGGGAAUUGGUGCAUUUCGCGAUUGAUUUAAGUCGGAACUGUCACAUUUCCGGCUGGAGGAUUAUAACGAAGAGGAGACUCGCGAAAGAGAGAAAAAAAUAUCGUCGAAACUCUUAAAACGCGCGUCGAUCGUUCGAAUCGUCUAUUAUAUAUAUAUACAUACAUAUAUAUAAUAUAAACAUAUAUUUACGUUGCGAUUAUUUUUUUUCUCGGUGGUGUCGAACAACACCACGUAAAAUAAAUGCUCGCAACAUGAAACACGGAGUUUUCUAUUGUUACUCCGUAGAGCGAGAGAAGAACUUUUAAGUACGGAAAUCAAAGACAUUACCUCCUUUAGUAAAUUCAUAGAUUCGUAAGGAUAAAUAGAAAACAAAGGAAAAAAAAAGUUAAUGAAAAAAGGAGAACAACUAAUCGAGGAAUUCGAGUGGAUGGCGUCAAUUCCGUCGUUGACGCAAAAACGAUUUUCUUUUUGUUCGUCGUCGUCGUUUAUAUUUUCGUUCGUAUUCUUAUUCUUGCUAGGAAAAGACGUCGGAUGUGGUUAAAACUACGACGAAGUAAGAAUGAUGAGAGAAAAAUUAUGAUGGAUGGUAAAAAGAAAGAAAGAAAGAAAAUAACGAGGAAAUCAUGAAUCUAUCUGUAAACUAUAGUUGCCUCUCUACUGUACUUUUACUCGUGUUUAACUUACGAAAAGAAGAAUGAAUGAAAGAAACAUCGCAAACAAACAAAAAAACAGUUGAAAAAAACGAUGCAAAAUUCGAAAAUUACUAGGUAUUCGAAAAUUUAGUGAGCUGAGACCCACCGCAAUAACUACCCUUCUUAUUAAUCGGUCACGAUUAAAGAGCGAAUGGAUGAUUUACUUUGUAAGAGAACAAUUAUUCCUAAAGAAACGAUGAACGAAGGAGAAAACUAGAGUGGGGAGAAAGAGUCGACGAGGAUUUUUUAACAAAUCGUUCUCGCGACGCGUUGUUUCUUAUGAUAUUUCUCUUUUCUACCCCUUUUUUACUCUACUUUUCGCUCCAAUGUCUCACGCCUUUUCGCUAACGCGUUAUUUUCCUAAUUUUUCUUUCAUUCGAUUCCAUUGUUUUGUCUGCAUUUGGAAAAAUCGUUAUUGCGAGCCACUAAAAUUUGUGCCAUCGUUAAAAAGUGCUUGCCAUUGACGAUUUCUUUUUUAUACUCUUUUCCUUCCACUCGUAUUAUUUAUUCCUUGUAUGAUCAUCGACUGUGUUUUCAAUACGUUCCUUUCUUUCAAUAACUUGUAACGUUAAAACGCGUCAAUCGUCGUCUCAAGGACAUUCCAUUUUAUUUCAAUCCCAUAUUUUUUUCGGAGACUCAAUUUUACAUUGAACAUUCUUUCGUUAUUCGAUAUACACACAAAUCUGACAUGGACCUCGAAAUAACGUCAACGAUUUGUUUUCAGUCUUUCAAUACGACCUUCUCGUACAGACACGCACACAUUCGUUAUUUUAUUUCAUUAAAAUUAUUUAUUUCGAUUUAUAAUUGAUCGAAACACAUGAAGUCAAAGUUCGACAAUCCGCUCAGCUACGAUUUCCUGUUAGAUGAAUCUCUCAGUGAAUCAUUCAGAAAAGAAAUGUAUGCUCAGAAAAAAUGAGAAAAUCUUCGUGUUUGUCAAAAUUAUUGAACUUUGUGACUCGUCGGAACAUAAGGAAAAGAGCGUGAAGCAAAACAAUGUUACAGAUAUUGCAAAAUCAUAGAGAUAAGAACAUUUUCGUGUCGAGUGACGACCCAAUUUUCUAUCAAUUGAUCCGCUGAUUGAUUCACCUUACGGAUCUAAAAUCGAAAAAUCACAACGAUCGAAACACGGCGAUCCUGAAAGGAACAAAAUGUUCGUUAAACAUUCGAUAUUACAAAAUGAGUUACGACAGCAAAUAAAUCACUGACGGAAUCGCACGACUGACAGCACAGGGAAAAAAAUAAAAUAUACAGCAUUUUCGACUAAUCGACACACGCACACGAAACACCUAAAAAUUGCUGCAAAAACUUCGGGAAAAAAUGCACGUACACGUGCAAGAAAACACUAGCGAGAGAGGAUCUCUCACAUACACCAAUUAACUGACUAAAUAAAUAAAUAAAUUGUGUAUCUAUCUAAUACUGAAUCGAUAGAGAGACUAAUAAUAAAAAAAAAUAAAAAAAUGAAAAAUCUGCAAAUGCAAUCCUUAGGAACGAUUGGUAAUGGAUGGAGAAGAACGCGGGAGAAUGUGCGAGCCCACAGGGCCGAUUUCACCUUCACUUUUUUUUAUGUUCUCGGAGCCGCGGAUUAUUGUCGGGUAACUUGAAACGAUAAAAGCUUGGAGAAAAAAUAUUCAAAUAUAGAGAAAAUAUCAUUUGGAGACAUCGGAUUGUACGACACAUGAAAAAUCUCCAGUUUCUUAUUUCUUCAUUUUCCUAUUCCAUUUCGUUUGCCGCGUCCUCGGUGUCGAAUUUCACAGAAGCUUCAAGCCUCGAUACAAAUUUAUUUCUGUUUGUUCAGUUCGUUGAAAAAAUGUAAAAUUUCAAAGAAUUACGACACUUUACUACCUCUUCGCUUGAUUCUUCGUCGCCCUGAAGUCUCGAUGUAUUUUUGUAGCAGUCGUCUCGUUAUUCUUGUUCCUCGUUCUCACAGACAAAUAUGCGCAGUUAUCAUCGCGACGUCCACAGACUCAGGUCUUCAAUGGGGAGAUAAUUCUCCAGAGAGGCCAAUUAGAGCGAUAGGGUUGGAAAAAAGAGUGCAGCUCUCCGAGGAGAAUUGACUUGAUUGAUUUCUACUGCAUUUAUAGAUCGCUAUUGAAUAAUUCAUUAAUUUUGUAUCGAUUAUUUAACUGAUUGAACAAUUAACUCGAUCGGUAUUAAUCAAGUCGAUUCUGUCCGAAUUAUCUGAGAUUCAGGUCUCUCAGGAGGAAAGAAAGAAAGGAAGUAAAACGACCCCCGCGAAGGGGACCCUUUAGGGUUAACGACUAAUUGUAGAGCUCGUCGAUUCCGUUGGUGUGACUAUUGUGGUAUGAAUGCAACGAAUGAGAGAUCAUUCGAGCGAGAAGUAACAAACUAAAAACAUAACAACAAAAUGAAGGAAAGCAGAUUAAAACGAUGGAGGUUAAUGUUGAUGCUGGUGAUGAUAACGAAAGGUAAGUCAUUUUGUAAAAUUUCUUAUAAGUUUUAGCUGCCAUAUCCAGUGACGAGUACAUAAGUAUGAAAUUAUAACAGAAUGAGAAAAUAAAAUGGGUACGCGUUGAGUGAGGUGUUGAAAAAAAACACAUACACACACGUAAUUACGAUAUUAUAUGCCGAUGAAGAGAUUGAUUAAGCGAUCAUAAAUUAAUUACGACUAUGACGAUGAUUACGAUUAUGAAAAAAAUAUGAUUGUCGUUACGAACCUGCGUGCUGCUAGUAAAACGUGUUUGUAUCAAUGACACUGGAUGAGCUGAGCUAAGGACGUAGAUCGAAGACGACGAAGAAAAAAAAACAUUUAAGAAAUAACAAAACAAAAUAAACAAAUAUGAAGAAAAAAUCGAGAAAAUAACACAAACAGACGACGGGUCUAAAGAAAACAAUAACAGUUCAUUAUAAUUAUGUAAUUGUAAAUGAGAAAGGAAUGAAGAGUAUUAUAACACGUUGUUAAUUGAAUUAAUAAAACUAGCCCAAGGUA